ACCGGCAGCUGCACCGAGCCCGGGUCACGUGUGCGGGCCGUAAUCCCGGCGAGGGGGUGUCGUUACCGGGGAAGGGGGCGGCGGGAGGAGGGGCUGCCGCCCAUGAGGGCUGAAGCCGGGUGCGCGGCCGGCUGCGGGCGCCGGAGCCGCGGGCGAGGCGGGGGCCGGGGCCGGAGCGGCGGCCAUGGCCUGGCCCUGCAUCAGCCGGGUGUGCUGCCUGGCCCGCUUCUGGAGCCAGCUGGACAAGUCCGACCUCUCCGUGCCGCUCACCAUCCACAACUACUCCGACAUCGAGGAGCAGGAGGAGGGGCCGCCCCAGCGCGGCGGGCCACCCCCGCGGGCCAGCGCUCGCCCGCCCGCCCCGGCCCCCCGCCCGCGGGACCCCGGCAGAGCGGGCGGCCGCAGGAAGGGCCGGGCGGCGGCGGCGGCCGGGGAGCCCUUCGCGGCGGAGACCCAGUACCGGCGGGACUUCAGAGCCUGGCCCCUCCCGAGGAGGGACGCCUUCCCCUGGGUCAGCGCCAGCAGCGGCGGGAGGGACGGGGCCGCCCCCCAGCCCGCCCCGGGCCGCGCCGCCUGCGCCCUGCCCGGCGGCGGGGGGAGGCCGGCGGCGGACGGCUGCGGCGGCCCCGAGCAGCUCCGGCCGCGCUCGCAGGCGGACGGUGGCCACACCACCUCCUACAGGCAGGAGUAUCGCCCAUGGACUGGAGCAAAACCAUCCAAGCCAAUAAAGACAAAGCAAGGCUUCAUUAUCCCAGAAGAUCAUUUUGUUCAAGAGACAAGCUACAAGGCAGAUUUUAAGAUCCCAGAGGUGAAGACCAGGUUCUCCCCCAACCCUUCUGCUGUUUUCCAGGCGCCGUCACGGAUCCUCAACGUGUGAACCCGGACCCUCCUCACACCCAGGCAGCUUAAACGCGGCGUUUCGGUUAAGAUGUAUCACUAUGCAAUUUUCAUGAGGAACGUUAGAGAUCAAAGAACCGGUAUUAUCAAAAAGCAGCUCCAGCGAUUAAUGAUAUGCACAUACACUUUCUGUUAACAAAACAAACCGCAAAGCGCUCGGUUCGGAACUGGCAAAACGCGCUGCGAGGAGUGACCUAGUUUUUCGGAGGAGCAGGUUCAUUACUAUGCCAGCUGGCGUCGCAUUAGGAGAUUGACUUUGGGCAGCCAAGGCAGCAUCGCAGGCAACAUCCCUACGCUUAACCGCACAGGGUGGGAGGGAAAACAAUCACAAGCGGGAUGGAUAAUUAAAACCAAAAAAGAGUUUUAUUUAGCAGCACCCUCUAAGUAGGCCAGUGAAUGGCAGGGAGAGUGUGUCUGGCUGACUUCGGCGCUUCUUGAGGGGUUUUGGAAACAGGACCUCAAACGGCAUCACCAGAAAUCACAGCAUCAAAGGGGCUGGUCUGAACUCGCAGGGUUGUUUUAGAAGCAGGAGGGAAUCCGCAUCGUUGAACUCUAAAAUAAAACUGGCACGAGCAGUGUCUUGGGGCUUUAAGGCUGGAGAGCUGGAUAUUUCCAGAAUUGGUGGGCUAAGGCAGGAGUGAGAGGGGCCUGAACUCCGGGAGACAGCCCUGACAGCAACACCCCAGCCCGGUUGGGAGCAGAUCGCGUGGACAGGCACCUGCCAGACUCCAGAGCAUCUGAAAUAUUUCUGUAAUUUGUACAGCUGUUAGAGGGAGUGUAAAUAUUGUACAUGGAUUUUACCUAAAGCAGUUUGUGAUCCUUUAAUGAAAAGGACAUGCUUAUACUUUUAAUAAAUACUAACUCUUUGCAUAUGCAAGGUGGAAAAAUAUUGCCUUGAAAUUCCUCAAUUCUUGCCUGUAUAUUGGUAAUGCUAAUGCUAGGAACAACCAGAAGCGAAUGUUACUUAGAAACUCUUCUUAAAGAAAAACUUAACGUAGAAUGUAAGACAUCUUCAUUUUUAAGUGUCAUUCUUCUACAGCUGAUUUUUUUUUAGUUUGGUGUGUAUUUAACUUUUGCUGAGGUACGUGUGUUUUAAGGAACCAUUUUUUAGCCUUUGUUCAUCAAGACUGUAGUGGGCUUACAGUUCCUAUCUCAGUGACUUAUGCAAUAGAAUUAGCCUGCUGCUUAUUUCAUGGUUUUGCUAAUUAUUUUGGGGGAAAAAGAAGACCAAAUUGAAAAACUUCACGCGUUUGAAACACACACAUGCAUUGGCUGGAACGAAAGGAAACUCCCCUCGGGCUUGAGCAGCCAUCGGACAUUCAUUCAUCUGUAAUGAAACGGGCUUGAACACAGGAGGGUUUUUUCCUUAACCUUCCUACUAGCUGAAGUCAAAGGCAAACGUAAUGAAUCCUGGGGACUGUGCAAGCACGUAUGCAUUGCCGAUAAUUCCCAGAAGAACCAUUUUUGAACUGUUGGCAUGUGGCUUGUACUUGGAAAACAAUGCAGACAGCAUCUUCUGGCUGCAUUAUGUGAGAACUUAACGGUGCCAGCUCUGUCGGUUACAGUAGCAGGACCACACUCAGCCGCCAGAAUAGGGAACAUCUGCAGAACGCUGGGACAAGGGAUGGCACCUCCCACACUCAGCCCUGGCCCCGGAGGAACGGACGGGAAUACUAAUGCUUGCCAAAAUAAUUCUUCAGGAGAUUCAUUUUUCAGGAAAUCCAUUUGAAACAUUCAAACUGUACUACAGGUUUUGCAUGUUAGAUGUUUCUAAGAAUUCAGUCUGCUUGUUUAAUCUCUUUAUAAUGUUUUUAACAGUUUUGUUCAAACAUUUUAAGUUCAUUUCGAUCCUGGACUUUAUUAACAGCAAAAAAAGAAGAAAAAAGAAGAAAAAAAGGAUAGAUUGUCUAUUCAGUCUCUCUUCUUAAUUCACUGUAUUUCUUAAAAAAAAAAUCAACCCAGUUCUAAACAAACUGGUAAUAUAAUAAGCUUGUAUUUUAUCAAAUGGACUGGAUUUAAUUUAAUAAAUUAAAAUGUAUUUUGGCUAUUGGUUCUUUCCCAAUUUUUUGUGUGUUGUAAAGUAAAACAUAACCCACGGGUAUUCAACCUUGUGGGACAAUUUGUCCCUGCAUUCCUCUUUCACAAGAGCAGCAGGGCACACGGGACACCGAGCAGGGCGUCACGGAGGUGCCCGUCUGCCUUCACGGCCAGCAGCAGUCAGUUCCUUACUCCUCAAGCUCAUCUGCACGCACAGACCCCCCCAGCACAAAGGGCUUCCAAGGCACGUUUCAAGCUGUGGCCCAACUGCUGAUUCCAAAGCGCAAGUGCUUUCCAAAGGAAAGCAGUUGUUGCUCUGCAGAAUUCACAAGCGCUUAGGGGAUUUUUCCCA